GGGUUAUGGUAGGAAUAAAUCUGACAAUGGUGGGGUUUCACCGGUAGGGGACCAUAUUGCUCGACAAUCUCUUGAUUUUUAUAGAAUGAUUCCGGUUUCGCUUCGUGUGACCGGUCUUAUACUUUUUUGUUUUACACAAUAAGGACUAUGUUUGAAAGUUAGGCCGGUUUAUCUUGUGACCGGAUGGACUUCAUUCGGGGCAUAUUAUGACCGGUGUGAAUAUAACGUUGUAUACACGUGUAAGAUCCGUAAACUGGCUGUCAACAUAGGAAAGCGUGUAGCAUUGUGAAUGACUGGCCCCCUGAAUGACUACAAUCACAGUGGCAGGGUUAGUGGGCUUCAUGGAAGGAUUCAGCACAUUUGGUGGUCGUGUAUAAGUGAUGCACCUGUCAACCAUGACAGCUUGUGACGGCCUGGAUUCUCUGAUCAUCGGAGCACUAUGGAUGUAUCACCGUGUAUUCUGUUUAUUUGUUUGACCACAUGCAUAUUUGACUUGUUUACGAUGGCUGACCAGUUCAUGGGAGGGGUCAGUGGCUCAAGAGAAAUGAGCACUGGUCAAGAUCAGCUGGACGGGUAUUGCAAUCAGCCUGAAUUGGUGACUGGACAUGAAGGUGAGUCAUUUCCAGGCUACAGUCUGCGAAUGGUACAAGUUCUUAUGUCGCCAGGUCAGUCUGACAUCUCACACGUCAUGAAACACACCAGCCACAUUCCACCCAGCAUGUCAUGUGACCCUUCUGUCAUGGGAACGAUGCAAUCUGACCAGUUAGCAAGCCUGAAGCAGUCUGUCGUGGAACAUGCCAACCUUGGUCGCAGUCACCCAGACCUGAAAAGGUUCUUGCCAACUUUCACUGGGACCUGUGCUCGAAACCAUCUCUCACCACACGGUUUCCUGCAACUUGUCUCAAUCGGCAACCACUUUAAAGAGUCUUAUCUAAACAAAUUGGAACACAAGAGGAUGAAGCCUGUGUAUUCCAGUUUACAUGUAGAGACCAUUGAAUCAAGUGCGGCAUAUCAGAGUGUUCUAGGUUUGCUUCAUGGAAUGGUACUUAAGAAUCAAUUUAAUAAAAUGAAAAUACAAAAAAUCACAAGACAAAUGUGUGACGCCUAUGACGCCAAACUCCCAUCAUGUUCCUGUGGCCGCAUUCGUGAUCUCUCCCCAUUCUUUACCCAGGCCAUUGCAACAGGAAGGCAUGCGUUCAAAAAUACUUCACCACAUGACCUAGAAACACUGUUCAAAACACACUUGAACAGCACUUGGUUUGAUACACACUUGAACAGCACUUGGUUAGAUACUACAAGCCUUCAACUAUUCCGUGUAGCAAUGCAAUACCAGUGUCCGGCUGACAAAGCUCAUUGCCAGGAUUGGAGCCUCUGUAACAUGUUCACCAGGGAAAUUCUACACAAUCUGUACAACCUGUCAGCAGACUACCUCUACAGCUUGUACACUGACCCUAUAUACCAGUCGCUUGCCAGACUGAAGGCGUAUCCGUUUCUACAGCAAGUUGUCAAUCGAGCCACUGGGCCCUCUACAAACCAGUCCAUGUUUGUUACCUUUGGAGACCUGAACAUCCUGCAACAUGUGCGAACCAGUCUGUCUUAUAUCAAGAGGGAAAGCCCCAAAUUAGCGUCAAGGCUGAUAUUUGAGAUAUUUCAAAAGAAUAAUGGCCAGAAAGCUGGUGGUGAAUUGUUCUUUAGAAUCCUCAACGACGGCGAAGAAAUCUCAAAUCUCAUUCAAGGCUGCAGCAAAGCGAUCAAACUGUGUCCACUGCGCAAUCUGAUUUCCAUGGUAUCUCCCCUAAAUUAG